AUGUCGUGUAGACAGGUAUUCAAAAAUUACCAAAUAUUUGUGUAUAUUUUUGUCAAGGAAGGAACUGCGGCCGAUGCUGUAGACAUGGUUGGUCUGUUCAAGCUUUUUAGGUUUUCACAAUUGGAAGUUGGCAAGUUUUUGGAAAUAUGUUAUAUUCAACUAAAGGAUCAUCCAGUUGAGGCAGGAAAGGUACGUGGAACCGCAAACGAAGCACGAACUCAACAUGGCAUGUGCUCGGGACUUAUGAAGCAAUUUAUGACAACGUCAGAAUUUGUAACAAGUGAUAUGAUGCCGAUGUUGAAAACAGUUAUAAAAGAGAGGAAAAGCAAAAUAAUUAAAGAUAUGCUUGAGCGAAUACUACAAAUGGCAGAUGAUAUGAAAAAAGAAGCUGAAAAUGUCAGAGAUAGGUACCUUGCACUUAGAACACAGUUGCAACAAAACAUUGUGGAUGUGAACAUACGGAAUAAAGAAGUUAUGGAUCAAACAAAAUACCUUACAAUCGAAAAGAACGAAGCUGAAUCAAUGGAGCAACAAUCUGAAAAAGAAAUCACAGAAAUGGAAAAAGAAAGACAAGAAACAUUAACAGAAUUACAAAAUAUGAAACAAAAGAGAGAUGAGUUUUUGGCAAACGCACUUCCAACUAAAACAGACGAUGAGACAUGGAAAGAUAUAAUGAACAUGGCCGUUCCAAAUGUACAACAACAGCUUAGGGCAAUCCAGGCUGCGAAAAUGCCUCUCCAUCUAUUUAGACAAGGGAUGAGGGCAUACACUGCCUUCAAAGGGCAAGAGAAAACACAAAGGGCAAUUGAAAAGGAAGAUGAUAAACAAAGCAAACUGAAUGAACAAAUUCGGGAACGUCAAGAAACAUCGCUUAAGCGAUUGGCACAAAUCAAGCGCACAGAUUUGAAGAUAGCAACCAUGGGCGACGUAAAAGGUCUAUUGGAGGCUCUGAAACUGUUGUCACAAGUAGAUAAAAUGUUUAAUGAAAUAAUACUGUUUUGGGACAACAUGUCAGUUUUCCUGAAAAGGCUCUAUUACAAAACUGGAGCGGGCAAAAGUUUUCUGAACGCAUUAAAGACAAAGCAGUACGCCAGAAUGUUUGAAGAUACGAUUUCAAAAGCAGAAGCA